UGCUCAUCUGUUCUAUGUGUUACUAGGCGUGCCGGAAGCGCCUGCUUCAUUGACUGAUCAUACCUUGAUGUUGAACACCUUGCUUUGGCGCUGAUAUCUAUAGCUACUGCUAAACGGUUGGGCAACUCCGAGGAGCUUCUUACUGCAUAGAGCUCGGACAGCUGCCAGGCAUCCCCAGGACUACAUUCACACCCCCAAGUCAUCUUACCACCACCUCAACCGUCCACAUCGCUCACGAUGGCGUGGUGGCGUCGCGACCCAUAUCUUUGGGCACGGUCACCGGUCCAUCGCUACACUCAACGUAUCAUUCGAGAUCACGAAGCAGCUCUUCGUACACGAUGCUUCUCACGUACGCCUUCAAACACUGCCCAGCAUCAGGACCACGACGGCGCAAGACGCCCGGAUGGCAUGACCGACCUGGAGUGGUCACAGCUACGACGCUAUAGGAAGUGGAGGAAGAUGCUGCAGGAGCACCCAUACAGAGGCUUGUUUGGAGCCAGCGAGGAUAUGCUGAGAGGCAAAGGCCUCACUGACUGGGAAUGGGUGUACAAGACAUUUCCCAAGUGGAUGCUGCAGGAGAUGGAUCCCCCAGAGCCAGUAGAUCGGGACAAGAGCGUGAACAAGAGUGACUGUGGACGGAGAUACGGAGAUAGAUCAGAAGGAAAGACUCAACGAGAAGAGCAGCCGUCGGUCGAACGAAAGCCCACUUUUGCGCAGCCAGUUAUAAAGACAACACAUUGCGAACGCGAUGAGUUCGGUAUCGUGUCGCCGUCCGAUCUGCGCCGACCACGAGAGGGUUCACACGUGAACACGGUAAGCAAGCACGAGAAGCCGCAUGUGUCCGAGACCAAGGAAACCACCAGCAAUCGCUCAGAACCUCCAGUAGCAGAACAAGAAGCUUCGAAGCUGCAUCUGGGACAACACGACGUAGCUCAGUUUCAAUCAUCAACGGCCUCAAUCAAACCUGGAGAUAAUACAGCAACGGCCAAAGAGGCCUCCAAUCGAGAAUCGUCCUUCAUCGACGCGUUUUUCGCCGACGAGCUGAAGAUUUACGACCGUGAUCUCGGCAAUAGCAAGUCUUGGAGACAGACAGCAUUACAGAGGCGAAGUACGUCAAACGCCGUAGCGCGACCAAAAGCUGGAUCGUUUCCAAUCGCGAAGGCAGGAGCACCAGCGACAGGAACGACACCCGCACCGGUGCGAGAGACCAUCAUGAUACCCUCUUCGCAGGCACUAGUAGACAACUACCCCUACCCAAGGCUCGCUCCUGCUACAACCGGCACUGCUGUCGAGAAGAAAGCUCAGCCGAUCCGCAAAGAAGUAGGAUGGUCAAUCCCAGGGCCGACCGAAACUGUUCAAGAAGUUGGCGCUCCAAAGUCGGACCCUGCCAUUCCACGAUCAACUUCAGAUAAACUUGAAGGAUUGCCUAAAGAUGAUAUCGAUAUUUUGAGUGCCGACGAAAUCCGAGCAGCUAUGGGCACAAGAAAGACUGGCACGAAAACCAGCGAAGAGAAGAAGCAGGAACGCCAGAAGCUGGAAGCCGGCUACGCGGCUACAAAAUCGGGGGCACUUGACGAAGCAGUUGAGGGGCAUGUCCUGAACAACUAUUACGUGCGCCGAACUCAGCAAGAGCUUGAACGAGCACAGACUGCAUCACAAGCUCCUGAGGUGGAAAGAGUCGAAGCUGAACAGAAUCUGUCACAGCCACUAUCUGAAACGGUCCAGAUGGAGUCUAGCAUCGAUCGCAUGCGAAGGUGGAUCGAAGAUGGCAGUGCUUCUCUUUCAAAUCACUUCUGGAAAGACCCUAUCGAAGCAGGCGCACCCUCAGAGGCAGAUAUGCAUUUCGCGAAGCAGAUGGCAGGCCUCGAUAAAGGUCGCCGUCUGAGAGAGCACAUCUCAGAUGACCUAGAGACCGACCUUCCAAUGUGUAAAGGCCUAUUGGAACGUCUCAAGAACGACGAGAACAGAGUCGAAUAUGCGGUCUACUCCUUGCGAUCCCCCAGGAAGUUGGUGCAUGGUGCUGAGAUAUCAAAGGACCUUCGGACCAUUAGGGAGCGUCGCCUGCGCAACACAUACGAAAGAACAGAGAAGCAGUUCGAAUCAGCAUGCCAAGCUCUUCGUGAGCUAGAAACUGUGGUGGUUCAAAAAGCCACAAACGCAUUCAAGAGGCGACUCGGUAUCGCCUCGAGAGUACUGCACAAGAACCACACUUUGACUCGGAUGCUCACAUGGAGUGCACAGGCUCGCCUUGGUGAACCAGGUCUUGAGCAUAGCAAGGCGGAGUUGUACAGUGAGAUUCUCACUCGUUUGGCUACAUUGCGGGACACACAGCUGGCUCUUGCCCGAUUGAUGGACCAUGCUGUACAGACCUAUGGGGUAUCUUUCAAGCCUGCAGACGAAGCACUCUCUAGAUCGGCGCCAAACAGCGAGUCUGGAGGAACCGAAGCCAUUAACGGGGAGGAUCUUGCGUCGUCUGAGAAGACUGGAGCGAAAUUCUUAGCUGACACAGCUGCCGCAGGUCGUCUCAUUGAUGAGAUUCAAUCUCAAAAGGCAGCAAUGCAAGGCCUAUCCGAUGAUGGGUAUGCAAGAGCGCCAAAGCAGACUCCUAGAAGAUCGUUUGAAGAGAACAACCCUCUUGCACACAGCCUCUUCAGGCCUUUCAAUCUUCAAUUCGAGAGCCUGGGUAAGAAUACUAAGGGAGAGGAGGCAGAAGAGAAACUGAAAGAAGCCUUCAAGCAGAAGAUGGGAGACAAGAAGCUAGUGCAAGAAGUGCGCAGCGCGUAUGAAGAUGUUUAUGGGCCGAUUACGGUCGAGCACCGACAGGUAGCGCCAACCGAAGAAUCUGUGAGCAGUGAGGCGAGAGACACAAAGGCCUUUGAGAUGUUGAAGGAAGACCCUCUCAGCCGGACAGCCAGGACUGCUUACGAAGAAGCCAAGCCUGCUGAUGCUACCGCCGCUAGCGAGCCACCGGAGGCGGAGGCUAUCGCUAAGGAAGCCGAUGUAGUGUCUGGAAGCAUCGUGUCGUCCUCGAUGAGCGAGGGAGUCAGCUCGGAGCCUUUUACGACCGCGCCUGAAGCAGUAGAAGUUGCCAGCGAGACACCUCAGAGCACUGCUUCUCUCAGCACGGAGAUGUCAUCAGCCCCAAGCACAACCACUACCGACACUGUUGCAGAAGAUGUCUCGACUGCCAAUCUGCCAACACACUACACGAUCCUGGUCCAUGAUCCUCAGACCGACACAUUGAGCAUCACAACCUCGACAAGCAAGCCACCCCGCGACACCUCGCCAGCCCUGCCCAUCCACCAAGCGCUCUCUUCGCUCAAAUCGCCUGCAAAGUUCAUCCCAUACAUCACUCCUGGCCUUGAGGUCGUCACAGCCAAACGACACAUGCUAAUCCUCCGUGACGCUCUUGACAAGACGUCCUCAACCCGAGGCUUUGAAACCAUCAGCGCACAGCCCGCUGCCGAUACAACCAAUGAAUCUUUCAACACUGAAGUGAACCCCAUCGACGGCACCACGCGACUCAGCCCAACAGGCUACAGCGGCGUUGAACAAAGCCGGGAGCAGCUCGAGAGAGAUUUUGAAGAGAGGAGACAAGCUGCUGCUGCUACCGAAGCGGCGAGGAGCAAGAAGAGUAAGCAGCAAGCUAGAGAUGAGGAAGUGCCGAAGAAGAGGGGAGGCAUAAGUGGUGUGGUUAAGACUGCAAUUUGGGCGAGUGCUGUGUGUUAUAUCGUUGGUGUUACUGCGGAAGUGCUUCGUUGAUGUGAUGUGAAUUCGAGUUGGGCGUUCUUGGGCUUGGGCGUCCUUGGGCCCAAGCGGGCGUUGUUGUCGGUUGGCGUUCGGAGGUAUACACCACACUCACGAGUCUCACAUGUAUCUACAUACGUCUUAGCAACUAAAUCUAUUGGCGACGGGUCUGCCGGACA